CCACCCCACCCCGCGGAGAAUGGGGCCAGUGCUCCUCAGGCGGGGAGGUUGCCUCCUGCUUUGGAUGGCACUGCUCCUUGGAUGCUGGGCUGAGCUUGGCAGUGGCCUUGAGUUCCCAGGAGCAGAAGGCCAGUGGACUCGUUUCCCUAAAUGGAAUGCCUGCUGCGAGAGCGAGAUGAGCUUCAACAUGAAGACCCGCAGUUCCAGUGGCUUGGUCCUUUACUUCGAUGACGAGGGUUUCUGUGAUUUCUUGGAGCUAAUUCUGACCCAAGGCGGGAGGCUUCAGCUGAGCUUCUCCAUCUUCUGCGCCGAACCUGCCGUCUUGCUAUCCGAUAUGGCCAUCAACGACAACCUGUGGCACACCGUCGUCAUCCGGCGCAAUUUUAAGAACACGACACUAUUAAUUGAUCAGUCUGAGGCGAAGUGGGUGGAAGUGAAAUCGAAGCGGCGGGACAUGACGGUCUUCAGUGGUCUUUUUCUAGGAGGGUUGCCUCCCGAGCUGCGCUCACCUACGUUAAAAGUAACGCUCUCCUCGGUGAAGGACCGGGAACCCUUCAAAGGAUGGAUAACUGACGUAAGGGUCAACUACACACAGUCCUCACCUGUGGAGAGUCAAGAAGUGCGGCUGGAUGAUGAACAGAGUCACUUGUGUGCCAGAGAUGACGUUUGCCUGAACGGUGGCGUCUGCUCUGUGCUAAAUGACCAAGCCGUGUGCGACUGCUCCCAAACUGGUUUCCGUGGGAAGGACUGCAGCGAAGAAGACAACUAUGUGGAAGGUCUGGCGCACUUGAUGAUGGGCGACCAAGGUAAAAGUAAAGAAAAUGCUGCUCUUUUUGCAAAACCCGAACCCCGACCCUAUCCAGGCAAAGAAGAAUACAUCGCAACAUUCAAGGGGUCAGAGUAUUUCUGCUAUGACUUGUCUCAAAAUCCUAUCCAGAGCAGCAGCGACGAAAUAACUCUGUCGUUUAAAACUCUGCAGAGGAAUGGACUGAUGCUUCACACUGGGAAAUCAGCCGAUUAUGUCAACCUUGCCCUGAAAAACGGAGCUGUCUCCUUAGUUAUUAAUUUGGGCUCAGGGGCCUUUGAAGCGCUGGUGGAACCUGUGAAUGGGAAAUUUAAUGACAAUGCCUGGCAUGAUGUGAAAGUAACCAGGAAUCUGCGUCAGCACUCAGGCAUUGGACACGCUAUGGUGACAAUAUCAGUGGAUGGAAUUCUGACCACGACGGGCUACACGCAAGAAGACUACACCAUGUUGGGCUCCGAUGACUUUUUCUAUGUUGGCGGCAGUCCUAGCACGGCAGACUUGCCAGGCUCACCAGUCAGUAACAACUUUAUGGGCUGUCUCAAAGAGGUGGUGUAUAAGAACAACGAUGUGCGGCUAGAAUUGUCUCGACUUGCUAAACAAGGAGAUCCUAAGAUGAAGAUCCAUGGUGUUGUAGCAUUUAAAUGUGAAAAUGUAGCAACCUUAGACCCAAUUACAUUUGAAACACCAGAAUCUUUUAUUUCUUUGCCAAAGUGGAAUGCCAAGAAAACAGGCUCAAUAUCAUUUGACUUCCGCACAACUGAGCCCAAUGGGUUAAUACUUUUCAGCCACGGCAAACCACGCCAUCAGAAAGAUGCCAAACAUCCGCAAAUGGUCAAAGUUGACUUCUUUGCUAUUGAGAUGCUUGAUGGCCAUCUCUACCUGCUACUGGACAUGGGAUCUGGUACGAUUAAAAUAAAAGCUUUACAAAAGAAAGUGAAUGAUGGAGAAUGGUACCACGUAGACUUUCAGAGAGACGGACGAUCUG